GGUAAGAGUUAGCACUAAGGACCGGAGGACUGUGGAGCAAUGAUAAUACAGUCAUCCCCAGGUCACCUGGCUCCAGGGCUGGGCAGGGGAGCAAGGAGACUGAACCUGUGGAGCCCCCACCAUGGUCACCUGCCUCUCACAACCUUCCUCUUCCCACAGGUUCCCAUGACUACGGAAGCAUUUAUGGGCUUCACACAGGGCUCUGUGACCUUUGAGGACGUGGCCAUUUACUUCUCCCAGGAAGAGUGGGGGCUCCUUGAUGAGGCUCAGAGGUUCCUGUACCGCGAUGUGAUGCUGGAGAACUUUGCACUUAUAACCUCACUGGUUUGUUGGCAUGGAAAGGAGGAUGAAGAGAUACCUUCUGAGCAAAGUGUUUCUUUAGAAGGUAUGUCACAGAUCAGGACUCCAAAGGCAAGUCCAUCCACCCAGAAGACUUACCCCUGUGACAUAUGUGUCCCAAUCGUGACUGACAUUUUGCAGCCGGCUGAUCUACUUGGACAAAAACCAUACUUGAUGGGGGCAUGUACAAUUUUUAACCGGGACCAGAAGCACCACGGUGCAGAGAAACUCUUGGAAAGGGACAUGGACAAAGCCUCAUUUGUGAAGCACUUCCUAUUCCAGGUAUCAGGGAAGCCCUUCCCUAGUUGGGAGGUUGAGAAGGACCUUCCAGACACAUUGGGCCUUCUUCAGCCCCAGGCUUUUCCCAACUGUGCGAAGCCAAACAAAAUCACCGAGUGUGAGGAGGCCUUUCACAUCGGAAUGAGUCAUUACAAGUGGGAUGAAUGCAGAAAAGAUUCCAACCACGAACACACUCUUAUUCACCCAAUAAUUUGUGCUGGGCAAAGGCUCUGUGAAUCUACCAAAUGUAGGAAAGCCUACCGCUGUGAGAUCUCACUUGUUCAGCUCCAGAGAGUCCAUACUGGAGAAAGACCUUAUGAGUGCAGUGAAUGUGGGAAAUCUUUCAGUCAAACCUCCCACCUGAAUGACCAUCGGAGAAUCCACACUGGAGAAAGGCCUUAUGUGUGUGGUCAGUGUGGAAAAUCAUUUAGCCAAAGAGCCACCCUCAUUAAACAUCACAGAGUUCAUACUGGAGAAAGGCCUUAUGAGUGUGGUGAAUGUGGGAAGUCUUUUAGCCAAAGUUCCAACCUUAUUGAACACUGCAGAAUUCACACUGGAGAAAGGCCAUAUGAAUGUGAUGAAUGUGGAAAAGCUUUUGGGUCCAAAUCUACUCUUGUUCGGCACCAGAGAACUCACACAGGAGAAAAGCCUUAUGAAUGUGGUGAAUGUGGGAAAUUCUUUACACAAAGCCAUAGCCUGCUUGAACACCGCAUAAUUCAUACUGGAGCAAGGCCUUAUGAGUGUGGCCAAUGUGGGAAAUCAUUUAGCCUAAAGUAUGGCCUCAUCCAACACCAGUUAAUUCACAGUGGAGCUAGGCCUUUUGAAUGUGACCAGUGUGGAAAAUCUUUUAGCCAAAGAACCACCCUAAAUAAACACUACAAAGUUCAUACUGCAGAAAGGCCUUAUGUGUGUGGGGAAUGUGGGAAGGCUUUUAUGUUCAAAUCUAAACUUGUUCGUCACCAGAGAACUCACACUGGAGAAAGGCCUUUUGAGUGCAGUGAAUGUGGGAAAUUUUUUAGACAAAGCUAUACGCUUGUUGAACACCAGAAAAUUCACACUGGAUUAAGGCCUUAUGACUGUGGUCAGUGUGGGAAAUCCUUUAUCCAGAAGUCUGGCCUCAUUCAACAUCAGGUAGUUCACACUGGAGAAAGGCCUUAUGAGUGUGGCAAAUGUGGAAAGUCCUUUACACAACACUCUGGCCUCAUUCUCCACCGAAAAUCUCACACCAUGGAGAGGUCUCAUGAAAGCAGCAAAUGUGGAAAAGCCAUCACGCCAAGGUCUAAUGUUUAGUCAAUGAAAGUCCACACUUGAGAAAGGCCUUCUAGCUGAAGGAAAUAUGCUAUUUUUCUUCAGUAUUAUGGCAUAGAGAGCCUUUGUGAGGAAGCCAUCAGCCUAAAGUUGAACCUCAUACUUCCAAAUCACCAGAGUGAGAGUCCCCUAAGUUCCAGGCACAUGUGAGACUCUCAGUAGUAGCUGUGCAUAUUCUAGGCUGCCCAAGGCCCUUGCCAGAGUCAAACCAUACUCUGGUAGAAGCCAUCUCCCUUCUACCACCUUGCACAGGGGGAAUUGGUCACCCUGACUUGGUAAGAUAAGGCAGAUACUGUGUUUUCAUCCCUUGAAGGGACUCUUAAGCAGUUUGAGCCUUUAGAGGAAAAUUCAUUUUCUUUUCUGACUGAAUAAAGCAAACAUUUGACUCAGUUUUGGCCAGGAGGAUUCAGCCUGGGUUCUCGAGGCUUAUGUGGAAGGCUUCCUUUUUUCAUGGAAAUUUUUGGUCUCACAUGACACUUAUUGGUAAUUUUUCCAGCCUCCCAGUCACCAAUUGGUAAUUGGCUGCCUGACAUUGCUCUGGUCUGUGUGCUAAUAAAGGC